GCCUCUUGACUUUUAUUGUUGUCUUUUAUUCCGAUUAGUAUCCAUAAGGCCACUGCCACAAGAGCCUACCAAAAUGUCCAGCGACGAGGCCCACGACCAAGCUAUUCAAAUAUGGAGGUACCGCAAGCUCCUCACCAUGCUUGCCAACUCUCGAGGUGCCGGUACCUCCUGUAUCACCCUCAUUCUUCCCCCUAGGUCUCAGAUCUCCCAGGCGGCGAGCAUGUUGACCACGGAAUACGGUACCGCUUCCAACAUCAAGUCUCGUGUUAACCGACUAUCUGUCCUUUCCGCCAUUACUUCCACUCAACAAAAGCUCAAGCUCUACAACCGAGUGCCCACAAAUGGUCUUUGUGUCUUUGUCGGAACCGUGCUGAACGAUGAAGGGAAGGAGAAGAAGAUUUCGUUCGCCCUUGAACCCUUCAAGCCCAUCAACACUUCUUUGUACAUGUGUGACAGUAGAUUCCACGUUGAGGCGCUUGAAGAGCUCCUGGAAAACGACUCUAAAUGGGGUUUCAUCAUCAUUGACGGUAACGGUUCUCUUUUCGGUACCCUGGCCGGUAACACCCGAGAGAUUGUCCACAAGUUUACUGUCGACCUUCCCAAGAAGCAUGGUCGAGGUGGUCAAUCUGCUCUUCGUUUCUCCCGUCUCCGAGAGGAAGCUCGUCGAAACUACGUCCGAAAAGUUGCCGAACUUGCUGUUCAACACUUCAUCACCAACGACAAGGUUAACGUUGCUGGUCUCGUUCUUGCCGGUAGUGCCGAAUUGAAGACCGAUUUGAGCGGUUCCGACUUGUUUGAUCCGAGAUUGCUCGCCAAGGUCGUCAAGGUCGUCGAUGUUUCCUACGGUGGCGAAAACGGUUUCAACCAGGCCAUUGAGCUUGCGGCCGACUCUCUCGCCAACGUCAAGUUUGUGCAGGAGAAGAAGCUCGUUCAAAGGUACUUUGACGAGAUCGCCCUCGACACUGGCAAGUACUGCUUUGGUAUCGUCGACACUCUCAAGGGUCUCGACAUGGGAGCUGUGGAGACUUUGAUUGUUUGGGAGAACUUGGACACUAUUCGAAACACUUUGCGUAACGCCGCUGGUGGUAAGUGGUUUACCCAACAGCUUGUAUCAUCCUAACGUGGAUUGCAGAGGAGAUCAUUGUCUUCUCCAACCCUGGUGACAAGGACCGUGAGAGGUUUAUGGACAAGGCUACCGGUCUCGAGAUGGAGCAGGCUGCCGAGCCCCAACCUUUGCUCGAAUGGUUCGCUGAAAAGUACCGCGAGUUCGGUGCUCAGCUCGAGUUCAUCACCAACAGGUCCCAGGAGGGAUCUCAAUUCGUCAAGGGUUUCGGUGGUAUUGGCGGUAUCUUGAGAUACAAGGUCGCUUUCGAGGACUUGGGAGAUAACGAAGAUGAUGAGGACGAGUUCUAUGACAGUGACUCUGACAGUGACAUUUGACGAUGUUCACCGGGCGAGAUCGCCCCGCUCAGCGCCAAGCGCGGGGAGGGGCACACCAGUGUGCGAGUGCUGAGCGGGGGCGCGAUCGGGAUGAGGGUGUAAGGAGGAGGGAGGAUAAAAUAGAAAAUUCACGUGUAUCAGAUUAUCAUGGGGGUGAUGGUGUUGGCGACUUGUGAGGAGUCUUUUCCCUCGGCUGGCGGCCCUAUCGCAGCUUGAGAUUUACCGGGCAUAGUCGGCCGAGUUGUUUUGUUUAUGAAGUUGUUUGCGCAUCCAUUUUUUCUUCGAACCUUGCAUUGCCGACUCGUCACGACUGAUCUGGCUGUCCUUUGUUAAUGCGAUUGCCUUAAAGCCUCGAACGCG